AUGCUUAUAAAGCAGUUUCCUCUAAUUUGGCAAGUGCGUAACAUCUCUUCCACAACGGCAGCGGUAACGCGUUUGCAUCGUUCUAUUUACUGCCGCAUGUAUCCAACUGUUGUUGUGCAACCGGAUGGCUCUACAAUAAUGAUUCGUUAUCACGAACCUCGCAAGAUUAUUAAAUUGCCAUUGGAUUUGAGUUCGUUGUCGGAUAGCGAAAGAAAAGCCCGCCUUGAGGCUCGCAAGCCUCGUAAAAAGGUCAAAAUUAUGGAGGAAGUGGAGGACAGUUUUAAUGCAAAGAAGUACAUGAAGUUUAUAAACAAGAAGUAGUCGUGUAUAUGUGAACUUGUUAUAUAUAUGUAUGUAUUUUUUAGAAAUAUAAAUAUUAAAACUACCAAA